CCUUUUUCUUCGGUGUGUGUCGAGAAAGAGCAGAGUAGAUAAUAGAAGAAAGAAAGAAAAGGAAAGUGUUUUUGAGUUUGAGGUCAGUCAUCAUCCUUCACUCACUCCCACCACCACCACCACCACCACCACCACCGAUCACUCAUCAUUAAGCCCUUUUCUCCCUUUCUCCUUUCUCCUUUCCCUAUCCUCUAUUCUACAUCAUCACCACCCCCAAACCAGAAAACGCGUCAACUCACUACAAAACCCUAUCACCACACACUUCCCUUUCUUCGAUCUGUAGAUCUAACGUUCUUGCAUCACGUAACCUUUCCUCUGUUCCCUCUCUAACCUAGGGCUUCCUGUGAAAUUCACCGCUUUAAUUUCUCGGAUUUUCAUUUUUGACUUUCAAAUUCAGUGGUGAGGCAGGGUUUGUGGGGGUGGGGUUGGAGCAUCCGUUUGUGGAUGUGAAGGAAUUGGAGGUUGUUUUGGGGUGAAAUGAGGGAUGCUAUCAAGGUUGAUGGACUUUCUGACUGCCUGCUGGCGGCGAAGAUCCUCCGACGGCAAGGGUUCCGAGGUUACGGGGCGGAAGGACGGGCUGCUGUGGUACAAGGAUGCCGGGCAGCACUUGUUUGGUGAAUACUCGAUGGCUGUUGUUCAGGCCAACAACUUGCUUGAGGAUCAGAGCCAGAUUGAGUCUGGUCCUCUUAGCUUGCUUGAGACUGGUCCUUACGGUACCUUUGUUGGUGUGUAUGAUGGCCACGGUGGACCUGAGACGUCACGCUACGUUUGUGAUCAUCUCUUCCAGCAUCUUAAACGAUUUGCGUCCGAGCAGAAGUCCAUGUCAGUGGAGGUUAUUCGGAAGGCAUACCAAGCCACAGAAGAAGGUUUUUUGUCAGUGGUUACUAAACAGUGGCCUAUGAACCCCCAAAUUGCUGCUGUGGGAUCUUGUUGUUUGGUUGGUGUGAUUUGUGGUGGUAUCCUCUACAUUGCUAACCUUGGCGAUUCCCGUGCUGUGCUUGGGCGGGUUGUCAGAGCGACUGGGGAAGUUUUGGCCAUCCAGCUUUCGUCUGAGCAUAAUGUGGGCAUAGAAUCUGUGCGACAGGAGAUGCAUUCUUUGCAUCCUGAUGACUCAAAAAUUGUGGUUCUAAAACACAACGUAUGGCGGGUGAAGGGUCUCAUACAGAUUUCUAGAUCCAUUGGCGAUGUAUACCUAAAAAAGGCUGAAUUCAACAAGGAACCACUGUAUGCCAAGUUUCGUGUACGGGAUGGCUUUAGGAGGCCAAUUUUGAGCUCCGACCCAUCAAUUUCUGUUCAUGAACUUCAAUCGCACGAUCAAUUUCUCAUAUUUGCUUCUGAUGGUCUUUGGGAACACCUUAGCAAUCAAGAUGCUGUUGAUAUAGUUCAAAACAACCCACAGAAUGGAAUUGCUCGAAGGCUCAUCAAAGCUGCUUUGCAGGAAGCAGCUAAAAAGAGAGAGAUGAGGUACUCUGAUUUGAAGAAAAUUGAUCGUGGUGUCCGCAGGCAUUUCCACGAUGACAUCACAGUUGUAGUUGUAUUUCUUGACUCCAAUCUUGUCAGCAGAGCCAACUCAGUAAGAGGUCCUCCUUUAUCAGUGAGAGGAGGUGGUGUUCCCCUUCCUUCUAGAACUUUGGCUCCCUGUGCUGCACCGAUGGAAACAUAGUUCAGGUUGAUGAAGCUGGCUGUAUGAUCUGUUAUGCUUGUAUGUAGUGUUGUAUCCUUAGCAGACAUUGAGCUCUGGUAACCACCAGAUUGUAUAUCCAAUUUAACUGAGAUUGAAAACACUUUCGCUCAUUUAGUACAAUGUAACAAGUGACUUGGGAUAUCUACCUUGCGUGAGUAAAGCAUCAUGGAAGUAGAGUACCAAAGCCAAAGGUAACCUUCAAUAUUUGAUCAUUAAGAGGCAAUCAUGUUGCAUCUCA